CGUCACUAGAGGUGGUGCAGUCAAGUCUGAGUCAUGUCUCUCCCGCACAGAGGCCCAAGGCUGGGCCCAGUCCUCCCUGCCAGCCUCACCUCCUAUGGUCCCGAGAUGGGUCCUGUCUCUCACAGCCGCGCGGCUCUUCUCCUGCCCCUCCCUCAGUCGCUCCCGGGGUCCUGCCUCACCUCAGCUAUGCCUGCACUCAGCUUCCAGCUGGACGGACCAGCUCCCCCCACCUCCUCUGCCUGGUCAAGACUCACAGCUGCCCUUACUUGGGAAGCCCUUCCAUGGGCUCCCUUGCUCGCUCAGCCGUCCUGGGCCCUCUCCAUCUCCUGCCUGGGGGUGUUUGUGAGCUGGAUACAGGGGCCCUUCUCUGCCUCUUAAAUGCCUGGAGGGCAAGAACCACUUUGGGUCCAUCUCUGAGGUCACCAUAGGGCCUGACACAAAGCAGCUGCUCAGAAAUAUCCAUCCCUUCAUCUCUGUUAUUAGGGUUCGUCCAAAACAGUCAUUGAGCCCUGUUAUGUGCUGGGCGCGGCAGGGUACAAAACAGUGAUCCUGCCUUUGCAGGGCUCAGUCUUUUAAGGGGAAGACAGCCAACUAAUGAAUACGUAUCAGCAAUAAGAAGGGCCUUGAAAAAAUAAUGCUGAAAAAAAAAAAUUUUUUUUUUAAAUGCUGAGUAAGGAGAACAGAGGGUGCCCAGGAGAAAGAGCUAUCUUCUGUGGGGAAGUGGGGAAGGCCCCUUUGAAAAGGGGAUGUGGGAGCUGACUUGAAGCAUGGGCCGGAGAGCUUAGUGGUCACAGGCAUGGACUCUGGAGCCAAACUGCCUGGGUUCCUAUCCCAGGCCCACCACUUCCUAACCCUGCCAUCUUGAACAGGGCAGUUAUUUUCUAUGCCUCUGUUUCCGCAUCCAUAGAAUGAAGAUGAUAAUAUAGUCCCAUCUCAUAGAGUUGUUGCAAGGAUUAAGUGGGUUCUUACAUGUAAAGUGCUCAGGCGUAAUAAGCACCUGUGAGCAUUAGCUAUUAUUGUUACUGCUGCUGUUAUCUGGGGGGAAAUGUCUUCUAGGUAGAGGGGAAAGCAAGUGCAAAGGUCCUGAGGCAUAAGGCAAGGGUGAGUUUGACUUGCUGGGGGAAGAGCAAAGGGCAAGGGGCGGAAGCAGUCAAUUGGAGUAGAUGUAGGCACAAGAAGGGAAGAAGAGAGAGCGAUACCAAGGAAACUUCAAAGAUUUUGAACUGAACAACUAGAAAGAAGCUGUCAUAUUCUGAGAUGAAAAAGAGCGCUUAGAAUUGGAAGGAACAGCGCUUUUGGCUGUCUGAGUAGCACCAUAGGGAUUUGCAAGAGCAAGUGCUUGACAAAAGGCAGCAAAAAGGAAGCCAAGAAGAAAAAUGAGUGGUUGAUCCGUUUUCUAAGAAAGGUGGUGAAAGCAGCAGCUAUGUUCCAAAUAAGAAAUUUUGGAAAAACCCUAGUCACAAGAACUCUAGCAACCCAAAUUGCAUCUGAUGGCCUCGAAGGUCACCUUUUGAAGUGAGUCUUGCUGAUCUGUAGAAUGAUGAAGCUGCGUUUAGAGAAUUAAAGCUAAUUCCCAAAAACGUGUCGUCACUCAGUCAUGUCCGACUCUUUGUGACCCCAUGGACUGUAGCCGAAAAGGCUUCUCUGUCCAUGGGAUUUUCCAGGCAAGAAUACUGGAGUGGGUGAGUGUAUCCUGGUCCCUGCUGCGGCCUUAGUGCGCCUGGAGCUGCAGGUCCGUUCAGGUCUAGAUGUGAGGGCAUCUGCCCGGCCUGAGGCCGAGUUCCACCCUGGCUUCCCGGGAUGUCGGUGGCUUUCGUACCGGACUGGCUGAGAGGGAAGGCAGAAGUCAAUCAGGAGACCAUCCAGCGGCUCCUGGAGGAGAAUGACCAGCUGAUCCGCUGUAUCGUGGAAUAUCAGAACAAAGGCCGGGCGAAUGAGUGCGUCCAGUACCAGCAUGUGUUACACAGAAAUCUCAUUUAUUUGGCUACCAUCGCAGAUGCCAACCCAACCAGUGCUUCAAAAGCAAUGGAAUAGUCUUCCAGUUGGCUGUUGUGAGGAGUAAUUGAAUGUGAUCUAUGUCCUAUGAAAUGGAUAUUUGCCAACUCAACUGCUUAGAAUGUGAAUGGAACCUCUGUGGCUCUUUUAAAAAUGUGAAAAUGUGAAGAAAGCUACUAACUUAACCAUAUUCUCGGUAUAAAUAUUUAAUAAUUAAGUGGAUUCCCUCAAAAAAAAAAAAGAAAAAAAGAAUACUGGAGUGGGUUGCCAUUUCCUUCUCCAGGGGAUCUUCCUGACCCAGGGAUCGAACCCAGGUCUCCCACAUUGCAGGCAGACACUUUACCCUCUAAGCCACCAGGGAAGCUCCAAGAUGUUAAGGGCAAAACUGCCUUUCAUGGCAUGGAUCUUAUCCAUGUCAAACUAUGCUCCAUGAUCAAAAAACGGCAGACCAUGAUUGACGCGCAGGUUGAUGGGAAGAUUACCAGCGGUCAUUUGCUUCAUGUAUUCUCUGCGCUUUGCUAAAAAGCACAAGCAGCACCCCCGCCUGUAUGUGGUAGAUGCCUUCAUCACCCCCGUUUGACAGGUGAAGAAGCUGAGGGUCAGAGAGGUUAAUUGACUUGCCCUAGGUCACACAGCUGGUGGGAGUCGAGGCAGAAUUCAGACAGACUGUGGUCCCAGGGGUUGUGUUCUCUUCCGCGGGAAUCUGUUUCCUCCUCAUCCACCUCCAGAUGAGGCCGUCAUUCUCACUAUCACAGGUAAUACCGAGAGCUACUGCCUCCCAGGAAGGCCCCGAGGAGAUGGGGGUCUUGCAGCACCACUGCGCUUCCCACAUCCCGCCUCACCGCCCUACCUGUAGGAACUGUCAGCUCUCGGGCUCCUCCUGCGUCAAGCCGGGUUCCUUGUUGAAAACACGCCCUUCAGCAGAGCGAUCACUCUUCUUAAAAU